AUGGGAACCAAGCUGAUUGGGGCAAGACACUACUCACCCGGAGACGCUAGGGACUCUAGUGGCCAUGGUACACACACGGCGUCUAUUGCGGCUGGAAACGCAGUCGCGAACGCCAGCUUCUUUGGCCUCGGCAAUGGAACGGUGAGAGGUGCCGUUCCAGCCUCCAGAAUCGCUGCUUACAGAGUCUGCGCUGGAGAGUGUAGAGAUGAUAAAAUACUGUCUGCGUUUGAUGACGCCAUUGCCGACGGUGUUGACAUCAUCACCAUCUCUAUAGGUAGUAUUGAUGUGGUCUCGCUCGAGAAAGACACGAUCGCAAUUGGAGCUUUUCACGCGAUGUCCAAUGGGAUCCUCACUGUAAACGCGGCUGGUAACACUGGUCCCAAUGUGGCCUCGGUCACGAGCUUAGCACCGUGGAUGUUAACGGUUGCAGCCAGCACCACGAACCGUAUGUUUGUGACCAAAGUGGUUCUCGGCGAUGGCAAGACACUUGUCGGAAAAUCAGUGAACGGUUUCGAUCUGAAAGGAAAGAAGUUCCCUCUGGUGUACGGAAAAUCUGCUGCUUUAUCUGCCUCACAAGCCAAAUGCGCAGAGGAUUGCACGCCAGAUUGUAUUGACGCAUCCCUGGUGAAGGGAAAGAUUUUGGUGUGCAAGAGAUCUUUGCCCUACGUAGCCUAUAAAAAGGGAGCCGUUGCAGCUAUUCUUGAAGAUGAUUCAGACUGGUCCCAAAUGGAGGGGAUACCUUCAUCUGGCUUACAAGAAGAUGACUUUGAGUCUGUCCUAUCUUACAUCGACUCCGCAAAUUCCCCAGAAGCGACUGUCCUUAAAAGUGAGGUGAUCUUCAAUCAGACAGCUCCAAAAGUUCUUUCCUUCUCUUCUCGUGGCCCAAACAUCGUCGUUGCUGAUAUUCUCAAGAUUAAUCUGUUUUUGCUAUCCAAUCUGAGAAAGUGGUGUAUGAAAAUGCAGCCGGAUAUAACAGCACCAGGACUGGAGAUUUUGGCUGCAAAUUCACUUAAGGCGUCACCGCUUUAUGACACAACACAUGUGAAAUACUCUGUUGAAUCCGGAACGUCAAUGUCUUGCCCACACGCUGCAGGUGUAGCCGCCUACGUCAAGACGUUUCAUCCUAAUUGGUCCCCUUCCAUGAUCAAAUCUGCCAUUAUGACAACAGCGUGGUCAAUAAAUGCUUCUCAAACUGGCUAUGCAUCAACCGAGUUUGCUUACGGAGCUGGCCAUGUCGACCCAAUAGCUGCUACUAAUCCUGGACUCGUCUAUGAUAUUACCAAAGCAGACUACAUUGCCUUCCUCUGCGGCAUGAACUACAAUGCGACUACUGUGAAACUCAUCUCUGGUGAAGCCGUCACUUGCACUGAAAAAGUCUUACCUAGAAACCUCAACUAUCCAUCAAUCUCAGCUAAAUUGUCGGUAUCUAAUAGCUCCUUCACCGUCACAUUCAACAGAACCGUCACUAACGUCGGUGGCCCCAACUCUACAUACAAUUCAAAAGUUGUCUUGAAUCACGGAUCUAAACUCAACGUCAAGGUGUCGCCUAGUGUUCUAUCUAUGAAGUCUGUGAACGAAAAGCAGUCUUUCACGGUGACUGUUUCAGGUAGCGGUCUCGACCUAAAGCUGCCUUUGUCCGCAAAUCUAAUCUGGUCUGAUGGGACUCAUAAUGUGAGAAGUCCCAUUGUUAUUUAUGCUGGUAUCUUCCCAUCAUUAUCACCAUAG